AUGGUGCCUCGAAGUAGAGGAAAAUCUACAGUGGAAGAUGAGGACAGCACGGAUGGACUGGAGACGACGGAGACAGAAAAUAUUGUGGAGACAGCAGAAGUCAAAGAACAGUCUGUGGAGGAGGACGCUGAGACAGAAGUGGAGAGCAGCAAGCAGCCAGCCUCAGCUCUUCAGCGGUCUGUGUCUGAGGACUCUGCACACUCCCUGGUCUCUGUCGGUGUAGAAGCCAAAAUCAGUGAACAGCUCUGCGCCUUUUGUUACUGUGGGGAGAAAAGUUCCUUAGGACAAGGAGACUUGAAACAAUUCAGAGUAACACCUGGACUUACUUUACCUUGGAAAGAUCAACCUUCUAACAAGGACGUCAGUGACAGCGGCAUUGGAACCUGUGAGAAAAUACAGAACUACGCUCCACGAAAACAGCGAGGACAGAGAAAAGAGCGAUCUCUCCAGCAGAGUGUUGUUUCUUGUGUAAGUGUAAGCACGCAGACAGCUUGUGAGGACCAGCCUGGCAAGUUAUGGGAUGAACUCAGUCUGGUUGGCCUUCCAGAUGCCAUUGAUGUCCAAGCCUUAUUUGAUUCCACAGGCACUUGCUGGGCUCAUCAUCGAUGUGUAGAGUGGUCACUGGGAAUAUGCCAAAUGGAAGAACCAUUAUUAGUGAACGUGGACAAAGCUGUUGUCUCAGGGAGCACAGAACGUUGUGCAUUUUGCAAACACCUUGGAGCCACUAUCAAAUGCUGUGAAGAGAAGUGUACCCAGAUGUACCAUUACCCGUGUGCUGCAGGGGCCGGCACCUUUCAGGACUUCAGUCACUUCUUCCUUCUGUGUCCAGAGCACAUCGACCAAGCUCCUGAGAGAUCAAAGGAAGAUGCAAACUGUGCAGUGUGUGACAGCCCGGGAGAUCUCUUAGAUCAGUUCUUUUGUACCACCUGUGGUCAGCACUACCAUGGGAUGUGCCUGGACAUAGCUGUUACUCCAUUAAGGCGUGCUGGUUGGCAGUGUCCUGAGUGCAAAGUGUGCCAGAACUGCAGACAGUCGGGAGAAGAUAGCAAGAUGCUGGUGUGUGAUACUUGUGACAAAGGGUAUCAUACUUUUUGUCUCCAACCUGUUAUGAAAUCAGUGCCAACCAAUGGCUGGAAAUGCAAAAAUUGCAGAAUCUGUAUAGAAUGUGGCACACGAUCUAGUGCUCAGUGGCACCACAACUGUCUGAUAUGCGACACUUGUUAUCAGCAGCAAGAUAAUUUAUGUCCUUUUUGUGGGAAGUGCUACCAUCCAGAAUUGCAGAAAGACAUGCUCCACUGUAAUAUGUGUAAGAGAUGGGUUCACUUAGAAUGUGACAAACCAACUGAUCAGGAAUUGGAUUCUCAGCUCAAAGAAGAAUACAUCUGCAUGUACUGUAAACACUUAGGAGCUGAGAUAGAUCCCUUACAUCCAGGGAAUGAAGUGGAGAUGCCUGAAUUUCUACCCACAGAUGAUUCCAGUGGAAUGGAAAUUGAAGGCACUGAAGAUGAAGUGGUGUUUCUGGAGCAGACAGUUAAUGAAGAUGUCAGUGGUCACCAGUCCCCUCCUGGAAUUGUUCCAGAUGCAGUUCAAGUUUACACUGAAGAGCCCCAGAAAAGUGAUCCACUAGAAAGCCCUGACACAGUUGGUCUCAUUACUUCUGAAUCAUCUGACAAUAAAACGAAUCCUGAUUUGGCAAAUGAGAUUUCUCAUGAAGUUGAUACUGAAAAAACGGAAAUGCUUUAUAAAGAGGGGCUUGUUUGUGAGGAAGAUCAAAGUGAGGACAGAAUGGAAGUGACAGAAAACAUUGAAGUCCUUCCACACCAAACCAUUGUGCCGCAAGAGGAACUGCUGCCCUCCGAGGGCUCUGAGGUGGCACCCGAGGAGCCAAGCCCUUCAGGGUCAGCUGUGGAGCCUGCUGCACCAGAAGCCUUAGUGUCCCCACACAGUGAAAGUCCCUUAUCUCGUAAGGGACCGUUGGUGAUAGAAAGAGUACAAGAAGAAAUGGAACAGAAGGAAAAUUCUGAAUUCCCCACUGGGUGUGAGGAUUUUGAAAUGACUCUUGCUGUUGACGGUUGUGUCAAAGAUAGUUCAUGCCAAGGAGACAGAUCAGCUGAGUUACCAGCUGAGGAAGAGUCACCAUUCUCAUCAGGAACUGACCUGAACAAGGCGGACGUGUCUUCCUCCUCCACACUUCGUUCCGACUUGCCUUCAUGCGACAUGCUGCACGGUUACCCUUCAGCUUUCACCUCUGCUGCUGGAAGCAUCAUGCCAACAACAUACAUCUCUGUCACUCCAAAAAUUGGCAUGGGCAAACCAGCUAUUACCAAAAGAAAAUUUUCUCCCGGUAGACCCCGGUCCAAACAGGGCCGAGGGUCUGGAUUUCCGGGGAAGCGGAGGCCUCGUGGUGCUGGGCUGUCAGGGCGAGGCGGCAGAGGCAGAUCUAAACUAAAAAGUGGACUCGGAGCUGUUGUGUUACCUGGGGUGUCUGCUGCAGAUAUUUCAUCAAAUAAAGAUGAAGAAGAAAACUCUAUGCACAAUACAGUUGUUUUAUUUUCUAGUAGUGACAAGUUCACUUUGCAUCAGGAUAUGUGUGUAGUUUGUGGCAGUUUUGGCCAAGGAGAAGAAGGAAGACUACUUGCCUGUUCACAGUGUGGUCAGUGUUACCAUCCAUAUUGUGUCAGUAUUAAGAUCACUAAAGUGGUUCUUAGCAAAGGUUGGAGAUGUCUUGAGUGCACUGUGUGUGAGGCCUGUGGGAAGGCAACUGACCCUGGAAGACUCUUGCUGUGUGAUGACUGUGACAUAAGCUAUCAUACCUACUGCCUAGACCCUCCAUUGCAGACAGUUCCCAAAGGAGGCUGGAAAUGCAAAUGGUGUGUUUGGUGCAGACACUGUGGAGCAACAUCUGCAGGCUUGAGAUGUGAAUGGCAAAACAAUUACACACAGUGUGCUCCGUGUGCCAGCCUGUCCUCCUGCCCAGUCUGCUGUCGGAACUACAGAGAAGAGGACCUCAUUCUUCAGUGUAGACAGUGUGAUAGGUGGAUGCAUGCAGUUUGUCAAAACUUAAAUACUGAGGAGGAAGUGGAAAAUGUAGCAGACAUUGGUUUUGACUGUAGCAUGUGCAGACCCUAUAUGCCUGUGUCAAAUGUGCCUUCCUCAGACUGCUGCGGCUCUUCUCUUGUGGCACAGAUCGUCACAAACGUAAAAGAGCUAGACCCACCUAAGACCUACACCCAGGACGGUGUGUGUCUGACCGAGUCAGGGAUGAGUCAGCUACAGAGCCUCACAGUCACAGCUCCCAGGAGAAAACGCACAAAACCAAAACUGAAAUUGAAGAUUAUAAAUCAGAAUAGUGUGGCUGUCCUUCAGACCCCUCCAGAUAUCCAGUCAGAACACUCAAGAGAUGGAGAAAUGGACGAUAGUCGAGAAGGAGAACUUAUGGAUUGUGAUGGGAAAUCUGAAUCUAGUCCUGAGCGGGAAGCUGGAGAUGAUGAAACUAAGGGAAUAGAAGGAACAGAUGGCAUAAAGAAGAGGAAAAGAAAACCAUAUAGACCUGGUAUUGGUGGAUUUAUGGUACGGCAAAGAAGUCGGACAGGACAAGGAAAAGCCAAAAGAUCUGUGGUCAGAAAAGAUUCUUCAGGCUCUAUUUCUGAGCAGUUAUCUAGCAGAGACGAUGGCUGGAGGGAGCAGUUCCCAGAUACUCUGGUAGAUGAGCCUGUCUCUGUUGCUGAGAGCACUGAGAAAAUAAAGAAGAGAUACCGAAAAAGGAAAAAUAAGCUUGAAGAAACUUUUCCUGCUUAUUUACAAGAAGCUUUUUUUGGAAAAGAUCUUCUAGAUACCAGCAGACAAAACAAGCUGAGUGUAGAUAAUCUGUCCGAAGAUGCAGCUCAGCUUUCAUAUAAAACAGGUUUCGUGGAUCCUUCCUCAGAUCCGCUGCUGUGUUCAUCAUCUGCUUCAGCAAAACCUGGGACUCAGGAUAUUGGCCCCAUUGCUGAUGAUGCUUCCUCUUUGCCUCAGCCAAGUGUCAGUCAGAGUUCACGACCAUUAAGUGAAGAACAGCUAGAUGCCAUCCUCAGUCCUGAACUAGACAAAAUGGUCACAGAUGGAGCAAUACUUGGAAAGUUAUAUAAAAUUCCAGAGCUUGGAGGGAAGGAUGUUGAAGACUUGUUCACUGCUGUGCUUAGUCCCGCCUCCACCCAGCCGGCUCCAUUGCCACAGCCUCCCCCCCCACCACAGCCACUACCUGUGCACACUCAGGAUGUUUUUUCCCGGAUGCCACUCAUGAAUGGCCUUAUUGGACCCAGUCCUCAUCUCCCACAUAAUUCUUUGCCUCCUGGAAGUGCACUGGGGACUUUCCCUGCUAUAGCACAAUCCCCUUAUACUGAUGUCAGGGAUAAAAGUCCAGCAUUUAAUGUAAUGGCAAGUGAUGCCAACAGCUCCUGGGUGCCGACAGCUCCAAGUAUGGAAGGGGAAAACGACACCCUGUCAAAUGCCCAGAGGAGCACACUGAAGUGGGAGAAAGAGGAGGCUCUCGGUGAGGUGGCAACAGUAGCACCAGUCCUCUACACAAAUAUUAAUUUCCCCAAUUUAAAGGAAGAAUUCCCAGAUUGGACUACUCGAGUGAAACAAAUUGCCAAGUUGUGGAGAAAAGCCAGCUCUCAGGAAAGAGCACCAUAUGUGCAAAAAGCCAGAGACAACAGAGCUGCUUUACGCAUUAAUAAAGUUCAGAUGUCAAAUGAUUCUAUGAAGAGGCAACAACAGCAAGACAGCAUCGAUCCCACCUCACGCAUCGAUUCGGAUCUUUUUAAAGAUCCUUUAAAGCAGAGGGAAUCAGAGCAUGAACAGGAAUGGAAGUUUAGACAGCAAAUGCGUCAGAAAAGUAAGCAGCAAGCUAAAAUUGAAGCCACACAGAAGCUGGAACAAGUGAAGAAUGAACAGCAGCAGCAGCAGCAGCAACAACAGCAGCAACAACAGCAACAACAACAACAACAACAACAACUUGCUUCUCAGCACCUUCUAGUAGCACCUGAUUUCGAUGCAAUAACAGAUCCUAUAAUGAAAGCGAAAAUGGUAGCCCUUAAAGGCAUAAAUAAAGUGAUGGCACAGAACAGCCUGGGCAUGCCGCCAAUGGUGAUGAGCAGAUUCCCCUUCAUGGGUCCAUCCAUGGCUGGAGUGCAAACCAGUGAAGGCCAGACCCUAAUGCCACAAGCUGUAGCCCAGGAUGGCAGUAUAACACAUCAGAUUUCUAGGCCUAAUCCUCCAAAUUUUGGUCCAGGCUUUGUCAAUGACUCUCAGCGGAAGCAGUAUGAAGAGUGGCUCCAGGAGACCCAGCAGCUGCUUCAGAUGCAGCAGAAGUAUCUCGAGGAGCAAAUUGGUGCGCACAGAAAAUCUAAGAAGGCCCUGUCAGCCAAGCAGCGCACGGCCAAGAAGGCAGGGCGAGAGUUCCCAGAAGAGGACGCAGAGCAGCUCAAGCAUGUUACUGAGCAGCAGAGCAUGGUUCAGAAACAACUUGAGCAGAUUCGUAAACAACAGAAAGAGCAUGCUGAGCUGAUUGAAGAUUAUCGGAUCAAGCAGCAGCAGCAGCAGCAGCAGCAGCAGCAGCAGCAGCAGCAGUGUGCCCUAGCCCCUCCCAUCCUCAUGCCAGGGGUUCAGCCCCAGCCACCUCUAGUUCCAGGUGCCAGCCCACUCACCAUGAGCCAACCCAACUUCCCCAUGGUGUCACAGCAGCUUCAGCACCAGCAGCACACAGCAGUCAUCUCUGGGCACACCAGCCCUGCUAGAAUGCCCGGCUUACCUGGAUGGCAAUCUAGCAGUGCUCCUGCUCACCUCCCCCUUAACCCUCCUAGGAUUCAGCCCCCAACUGCCCAACUAUCUUUAAAAACUUGUACACCAGCCCCAGGGGCAAUGUCAAGUGCAAAUCCACAGAAUGGACCACCACCUCGAGUAGAAUUUGAUGACAACAACCCUUUCAGUGAAAGUUUUCAAGAGCGAGAGAGGAAGGAACGCUUACGAGAACAGCAGGAAAGACAGCGAGUGCAGCUGAUGCAAGAAGUAGACAGACACAGAGCUCUACAGCAGCGGAUGGAGAUGGAGCAGCAUGGGCUGAUGGGUGCUGAGCUAGCCAACAGGACACCUGUUUCCCAGAUGCCAUUCUAUGCUUCUGACAGACCUUGUGACUUUUUGCAACCCCCACGACCCCUUCAGCAGUCUCCACAACACCAGCAGCAGAUAGGGCCAGUUUUACCACAGCAGACUGUCCAACAAGGGUCUGUUAAUUCACCCCCAAACCAAACUUUCGUGCAAACCAAUGAGCGAAGGCAGGUAGGACCUCCCCCCUUUGUUCCAGAUUCACCAUCUGCUUCUGGUGGGAGCCCAAACUUCCAUUCUGUUAAGCAAGGACAUGGAAAUCUUUCUGGAUCCAGCUUUCAGCAGUCUCCACUGAGGCCUCCAUUCACACCAAUUUUACCAGGAACGCCUCCGGUAGCUAAUAGCAGUGUCCCAUGUGGCCAAGACCCUGCUGUAACAGCACAGGGACAAAAUUUUUCAGGAUCCAGCCAGUCUCUCAUUCAGUUGUAUUCUGACAUAAUCCCAGAAGAAAAGGGGAAAAAGAAGAGAACAAGAAAAAAGAAAAAAGAUGAUGAUGCAGAAUCCAGCAAAGCCCCAUCAACUCCCCACUCCGACUGCACUGCCCCACCAACCCCAGGCCUCUCAGAAACUACCUCCACUCCUGCAGUGAGCACACCCAGUGAGCUCCCUCAGCAAAGACAACAGGAGGCAGUGGAGCCCGUCCGUGUCCCCACUCCAAAUGUGGCAACAGGCCAGCCUUGUAUCGAGUCAGAAAACAAACUUCCCAGCAGUGAAUUCAUAAAAGAAACUUCAAGUCAACAGACACCCGUGAGUUCAGAGGCAGACAAACCUUCCGGGGAGGCCUCCAACAAAAGUGAAGAGAGAAAGCUGGAAACGGCUGAGAUACAGCCAUACCCAAGUCAGGAGGACACCAAAGUGGAAGAGAAAACUGGUAGUAAGAUCAAAGACACUGCAGCUGGUCCUGUCUCCUCCAUACAGUGUCCUUCCAAUCCUGCCAGAACCCCUGUUACCAAAGGAGACACAGGAAACGAACUACUGAAGCACUUGUUAAAAAAUAAGAAGGCCUCUUCCCUUUUCACUCAGAAACCUGAGGGCACUUUAUCUUCAGAUGAAAGCUCUACACAGGAUGGUAAACUGGUGGAGAAGCAGAAUCCAGCAGAAGGAUUGCAGAAUAAUUUAAGUAAUCCUCCAACACCCCCUGCCUCUCUUCCUCCUACACCACCUCCUAUGGCUUGCCAGAAGAUGGCAAAUGGUUUUGCAACGACUGAAGAACUUGCUGGAAAAGCUGGCGUGUUGGUGAGCCACGAAGUCACCAGAGCUUUAGGACCGAAGCCAUUUCAGCUGCCUUUCAGACCUCAGGAUGACUUGCUAGCUCGAGCCAUUGCUCAAGGCCCGAAGACAGUGGAUGUUCCUGCCUCUCUUCCAACACCACCUCACAAUAAUCAUGAAGAAUUAAGGAUUCAGGACCACUAUGGCGACCGGGACACUCCAGAUAGUUUCGUCCCCUCAUCUUCUCCUGAGAGUGUAGUUGGUAUGGAGGUGAACAAGUACCCCGAUCUGUCACUGGUGAAGGAGGAGCCUCCCGAGCCUGUGCCAUCCCCCAUCAUUCCGAUUCUCCCCAGCAUCUCUGGGAGAGAUUCAGAAUCAAGAAGAAAUGACAUCAAAACUGAACCAGGCACUUUAUUUUUUACAUCACCUUUUGGUUCAUCCCCAAAUGGUCCCAGAUCGGGUCUUAUAUCUGUGGCAAUCACCCUGCAUCCUACAGCUGCUGAGAACAUUAGCAGUGUUGUGGCUGCGUUUUCCGACCUUCUUCACGUGCGAAUUCCUAACAGCUAUGAGGUUAGUAGUGCUCCAGAUGUUCCAUCCAUGGGUUUGGUCAGUAGCCACAGAAUAAACCCAGGUUUGGAGUAUCGGCAGCAUUUGCUUCUUCGUGGGCCUCCACCAGGAUCUGCAAAUCCUCCCCGAUUAGCAACCUCUUACCGGCUGAAGCAGCCUAAUGUACCAUUUCCUCCAGCGAGCAAUGGACUUUCUGGAUGUAAAGAUUCUAGUCAUGGGAUAGCAGAAGGCACAUCACUCCGGCCACAGUGGUGCUGUCACUGUAAAGUGGUCAUUCUUGGAAGUGGUGUGCGGAAGUCAUUCAAGGAUCUGACCUUUGUGAACAAGGGUUCCCGAGAGAGCGCCAGAAGGAUGGAAAAGGACAUUGUCUUUUGUAGUAAUAACUGCUAUAUUCUUUAUUCAACAACUGCACAAGCAAAAAUUUCAGACAACAAGGAACCCCUUCCGUCACUGCCACAGUCCCCUAUGAAGGAGCCUUCCAAAGCAUUUCACCAGUAUAGCAACAACAUCUCCACCUUGGAUGUACACUGUCUCCCUCAGUUCCAGGAGAAAGUCUCCCCUCCUGCAUCACCUCCUAUAACCUUCCCUCCAGCCUUUGAAGCCGCCAAAGUAGAGUCCAAGCCUGACGAGCUCAAGGUGACAGUCAAAUUAAAGCCUCGGCUGAGGACGGUGCCUGUCGGGCUGGAGGACUGUAGACCACUGAAUAAAAAGUGGAGAGGGAUGAAGUGGAAGAAAUGGAGCAUUCAUAUUGUCAUCCCCAAGGGGACCUUUAAACCGCCCUGUGAGGAUGAGAUAGAUGAAUUUCUAAAGAAAUUGGGCACUUCCCUUAAACCUGACCCUGUCCCCAAAGACUAUCGCAAGUGUUGCUUUUGUCACGAAGAAGGUGAUGGGCUAACAGAUGGGCCAGCAAGGCUGCUCAACCUGGACCUGGACCUCUGGGUCCACUUGAAUUGUGCUCUGUGGUCCACAGAGGUCUAUGAGACACAGGCUGGUGCCUUAAUAAACGUGGAGCUAGCGCUGAGGAGAGGUCUACAAAUGAAAUGUGUCUUCUGUCAUAAGACAGGGGCCACCAGUGGAUGUCACAGAUUUCGAUGUACCAAUAUUUAUCAUUUCACUUGCGCCACUAAAGCACAAUGCAUGUUUUUUAAAGACAAAACAAUGCUUUGCCCCAUGCACAAACCAAAGGGAAUCCAUGAGCAAGAAUUGAGUUACUUUGCAGUCUUCAGGAGGGUCUAUGUGCAACGAGAUGAGGUACGGCAAAUUGCUAGUAUUGUGCAACGGGGAGAGCGGGACCAUACCUUUCGUGUUGGGAGCCUCAUCUUCCAUGCCAUUGGUCAGCUGCUUCCACAACAGAUGCAAGCAUUCCACUCUUCGAAAGCGCUCUUCCCCGUGGGCUAUGAGGCCAGCCGGUUAUACUGGAGCACUCGCUACGCCAACCGUCGAUGCCGGUACCUGUGCUCCAUUGAGGAGAAAGACGGGCGGCCCGUGUUUGUCAUCAGGAUUGUAGAGCAAGGCCAUGAGGACCUGGUCUUAAGUGAUUCAUCACCUAAAGAUGUUUGGGAUAAAAUUUUGGAGCCUGUGGCAUGUGUAAGAAAAAAGUCGGAAAUGCUGCAGCUUUUCCCCGCGUAUUUGAAAGGAGAAGACCUGUUUGGCCUGACUGUCUCUGCGGUGGCACGGAUAGCUGAGUCACUACCUGGGGUUGAGGCAUGUGAAAACUACACCUUCCGGUACGGCCGCAAUCCUCUCAUGGAACUUCCUCUUGCCGUUAACCCCACAGGCUGUGCCCGUGCGGAACCUAAAAUGAGCGCCCAUGUGAAGAGGCCUCACACCUUGAAUAGCACCAGCACUUCAAAGUCGUUUCAGAGCACAGUCACUGGAGAGCUGAACGCACCGUACAGUAAGCAGUUUGUCCACUCCAAGUCCUCACAGUACCGCAGAAUGAAGACUGAAUGGAAAUCUAAUGUGUAUCUGGCCCGGUCUCGGAUCCAGGGACUGGGCCUGUAUGCUGCUAGAGACAUUGAAAAACACACCAUGGUCAUCGAGUACAUUGGAACGAUUAUUCGAAAUGAAGUUGCAAACCGGAAAGAGAAGCUUUAUGAGUCUCAGAACCGAGGUGUGUACAUGUUCCGCAUGGACAAUGACCACGUGAUUGACGCCACACUCACAGGAGGGCCUGCAAGGUACAUCAACCACUCCUGUGCCCCCAACUGUGUGGCUGAGGUGGUGACCUUCGAGAGAGGACACAAGAUUAUCAUCAGCUCCAACAGGAGGAUCCAGAAAGGAGAGGAGCUCUGCUAUGACUACAAGUUUGACUUUGAAGAUGACCAGCACAAGAUCCCAUGUCACUGUGGAGCGGUGAACUGCCGGAAGUGGAUGAACUGAAUGCAUUCCUUGCUAUCUCACUGGGUGGCUCGUCCCUAGGAAGAGGCGACUCAACACUUCAUUGGAUUUUGCAGACAGAAAGAUAUUUUUGUUUUCUGACUUUUUGAAAAACAGUUUCUGGGAGCUCUGCUUCCCCAGCCCUUGUCUGAAGGAAGCACAGAGGAGCCAGCGAGGCUGCCCUGCUGUGCACUGAGGUCAGCAGAGUCACAGAAUGGUCCAGCACUUUUUUUUCUUUUUUCCCUUUUCCUUUUUCUUUCCUUCCUUUUGUUUCCUUGUGGGUGGGUUUUGUUUUGUUUUGUUUUAUUAGUCUCACUAAGGAGAAACUUAUACUGGGGCAAAGAGCCGGUGGCUGCCCUGCCCCAGGGUGGGGGCCUUCCUAUGAAUGUAAGACUGAAAUCACCAGCGAAGGGGGCUGUCCAGAGUGCUGGCCACGCCUUACUGACAGGGGCAGGCCCUCAGUUUAACUAAAAGUGGACACCACUGAUCAAGGAAUGUACUGAGAAGACUUCCUUAGGGAUAGAGCUAAGGGAUAAUAACUUGCACUAAAUACAUUUGAAUACUUGAUUCCAUGAGUCAGUUUAUUGUAGUUUUUGAUUUCUGUAAAAUAAGAGAAACUUUUUGUAUUUAUUAUUGAAUAAGUGAAUGAAGCUAUUUUUAAAUAAAAGUUAGAAGAAAGCCAAGCUGCUGCUGUUACCUGCAGAACUAACAAACCCUGUUACUUUGUACAAAUAUGUAAAUAUUUUGAGAAAAACAGUAUAAAAAUAGUUAUUGACCAAAUGCUACCAGGCGCUGCAGCAGCUCGGGUGCUUAUAACCGUGGUAGGGAUGUUACAAUAUAAUUUUGUGUUCUUAAAUAUGCCAUUAUAAUUAUGUAAUAACCAAAAUUUUGCCCCAGUAUGCCUGGGCUUUUUGGAAACCGUCUCUUAGUGCUUGUUUUCUACACCUAACUUCUGACAGCAGGGCGUGUUCUACAGCUCCAGCUUUUAUGGCUGUUGGCCAUUCAGACUAACGUUUCAUACUAUAUUGUUUCAUACUAUAUUGUUUAUAGCUGUUGAUAUCAGACUAAUGCUCCAUUUAUAUUGUUGCAUCCCUACUUCUUCAGUCAGGUUUUUUGUGCUUACAAAUUUGUGAUAACUGUGAAUAACGGCUUAAACACAAACCCAAAUGGAGGCUGAAUUUUUUCUUCAGCAAAAGUAGUUUUGAUUAGAAAUUUGUUUCCAACCUCACAGAAUCAUGUAAACAUAGAGUCAUGUAGCAGGGACCUAACCAACUCCUUAGCCUUCUAUUUAACAUAAAAAUUUGAAAAAUAAAAAAAAGAGAGAUGGAGAGAGUGAGAUGUGAUUAUGCUCCAGCUGCAGGACUCUGGCAAUAGGGUUUUUCGAAGAUGUAAUUUUAAAAUGUGUUUGUAUGAACUUGUUUGUUUACAUUUCUUUAAUAAAAAAACACACUGUUUUGUGUUUGCUUGUAGAAACUUAAUCGGCAUUUGAACCAGGUUAGCUUUUUAUUUUGUACUUAAAAUUCUGGUACUGACACUUCACAGGCUAAGUAUAAAAUGGAGUUUGUGUGCACAAUUCGAGUGGACUGUGAGCUGCGGGUACACAUCAGUGACUCAGCUCUCAGCUUGUAAUGUAUAUGGCAUGAUGUAUUUUUAUCUUACAGAAUAAAUCAAUUGUAUAUAUUUUUCUCUUGAUAAAUAGCUGUAUGAAAUUUGUUUCUUGAAUAUUUUUCUUCUCUUGUACAAUACUCUGACAUCCUACAGUAUUUGUCCUGCCGAGUUUUGUUGUUUUCUGUUCUGUAAAAUAGUAUCUAAUGUUGGCAAAAAUUGAAUUUUUUGAAGUAUACAGAGUGUUAUGGGUUUUGGAAUUUGUGGACACAGAUUUAGAAGAUCACCAUUUACAAAUAAAAUAUUUUACAUCUAUGGAA